AAUCGGAAAUGAGUGAAAAGUGAAAACAAUAAUGUAUAAGGAUUGAAGAAGUGCGUAUCUGUAUUAUCUUCUUCUUUUUCUCCAUCUUUCGCAUCUACGAAGAUCCAAAACCAGUAGAAUAAGCAUUCAACUCUUUCUUUUUCGGCUAUUUCUCCCCUGAUCUCUCACCUCACACGAUUAAUUUUACUUUCACAUCGCUAAAUCUUUUUUUCUUUCAGUAUCUUAUUCUUAAUAAAUAGAAGAAAUUCACUCAUCAUCAUGAUGAUGAUGAAAUUAAUAAGUUAAAUUUUGCCGAAAUCAAUCGAAUUGUCGUGUUAUUAUAUAUGGCUACAACAGAGACCAAAAGCGCUACGGUUAAGAUCAAGCCAAAUCCCCAAAAUGCCCCUUCCAAAUCGAAGUUUGAUAAUUCUUCAUCUCUCAAUAAGAAGCUGGGUAGCUCAACCAGAAACCCACCUGAUUCUAAGAUGAAAUCUGCUACCAUACUCACUAAAUCUGAGAUUAAAUCAAAACCAACAACAAUCUCGUCGUCAUCAUCCAAAACAAUAUCAAAGACAACAACUACCAAAAAGAAAACAACAACAACAACAACAACCAAAGUGAGAGAGAGGAAAGUUUACAGUUUGCCUGGUCAGAAACAUGAUCCUCCUGAACAGAAAGAACCCCUGAGGAUUUUCUAUGAGUCAUUAUCAAAACAGAUACCAACAAGUGAAAUGGCGGAAUUUUGGUUAAUGGAACAUGGGUUGUUGUCUCCUGAGAAAGCUAAGAAAGCAUUUGAGAAGAAGCAGAGGAAGCAAAAGGAGCUUCGUACAGGAACUCCUGUUAAGCCAUCAUCAAAGCCUCCAACUAAAACUGGAACUUCACAGAAGCAGCAACAGAGAUCAAAUAAUGGUGACAUUAAAGCCAAGAAAAGAAUAGACAAUGAUAGUGAUGACGACGAUUUCAUUUUAAGUCAUAAAAGAAGAAGAGGGUGAGAAGAAAAGCAUCAAAAAAAUUAUUUAUAAAGGUAAAAAAAGGAAAAAAUAAAUAAAAGAACUGCUGUAACUUAAAUUGUCAGAUUAAAAUAUUCUUCUUGUUUCAAACUUACCUAUAAAAAAAGGUACAUGCGUUGUAUGUGUCUUUGGCCAGCAACAUAAUGACAAUGGAUAAAUAAGAAUUAUAUAGAUUGUUUUUAACUUUUAAAUGAC